GAGCAUGCGCAGUUCAGCCCAAACUGUAACGUCCCUGUUUGUGUGUACCUGUAAACGCUUCCCUGAACUUUGGCCCCUCAGGAGUCUCAGACUCGUGCACAAUGAGUUCAGCAGGAUCAGCUCUCCGGGUCCAUGCGAUCAGGAUCCGCCCGGGUCAGGAGCUGCUGGGAUCUCUGCAGGCUUUCGUGGAGGAGAGGCAUCUCCGAGCGCCGUUCAUCAUCACCUGUGUGGGCAGCGUCACCAAGGCGACGCUGCGGCUGGCAAACGCCACAGCGACGAAUACAAACGAGGUGUUGCACCUCAGUGGGCGAUUCGAGAUCGUCUCCCUGGUCGGCACGCUCAACCCAGACGCCCACCUCCACAUCAGCCUCUCGGAUGCAGCGGGCAGGACAGUGGGAGGUCACGUCCUGGGGGAUCUGGAGGUGUUCACCACUGCUGAAGUGGUCGUCGGCGAAGCAGUCGACCUGUCGUUCACCAGAGAGAUGGACGUGCAGACGGGCUUCCCCGAGCUGGUGGUUCAAACACGAUCCCAGACUGACGGGUCAGCCUGAACUAGAGCUGCAGGAUUCGUCCAUAUUUAUGUUUCAUAUCCACUCUGUGGAUCUGCAGGAUGAAUUUACACCUGCAGGGCAGCUCGCUAACCUGCGCUCAGCCAAACGUCCGUAAGCUUCUCAACACAACGAGAGUCUGUCUGCACCCAGCGUCUUCAGAGGACACUUACUUACAUCCUGUGGUCCUAAACAAGAAAAACUGCAGGGCUGCAGUGAAGCUAGCUAGCUUCAAAGCUAACUCUGAGAUCAACACUGCUCUCGUCACAGCCGCGAAACGUGGUCACUGAUUUUUGCAUGAUUCACGUGACUGAUCCAAGCUCAGCGUUAGCCUGUAUAUUAUUGCACUUCUGAUUUUAUGCUGAAGUCCUACAAAUAGGACAAACUUACAAGUUGAAAAACUGCAGAUUUUGAUUUGUAAUCGGACUCAUUGGCUUUUAUUAUUUAGUGUUUGCAGGACAGGAACUAAACCCGAACCUCUCACAGAAGAAUCAAUUAAUUUAAAUGAGCUUAGCUUAAUGUUCCAGCUGAACAGUCAGUGCGUGAUUUACAGUUUUUCUUUUACAUGAAGGAGAAGGUUGGAAAAAAAGAUUAAAUAUA